AUGUUUGGGCUGGACCAAUUCGAGCCCCAGAUCAACAGCAGGAACGCUGGCCAGGGCGAGAGGAACUUUAACGAGGCCGGACUAAGCAUGAACGCCCACUUUAAGGCCCCGGCUUUCCACGCGGGGGUACCCCCUGGCCCCGUGGACCCUGCCAUGAGCGGGCUGGGCGAACCCCCGAUCUUGGGCAUGAACAUGGAGCCUUACGGCUUUCACGCGCGCAGCCACUCGGAGUUGCACGCGGGGGGGCUGCAGGCGCAGCCGGUGCACGGAUUCUUUGGAGGCCAACAGCCGCACCACGGCCACCCGGGAGGCCACCACCCCCACCAGCAUCACCCCCACUUUGGGGGCAACUUUGGCGGGCCGGAUCCAGGGGCCUCGUGCCUGCACGGGGGUCGCCUGCUCGGCUACGGCGGCGCUGCCGGCGGCUUGGGCAGCCAGCCGCCCUUCGCCGAGGGUUACGAUCAUAUGGCUGAGAGCCAGGGGCCGGAGAGCUUCGGCCCGCAGCGACCCGGGAACCUGCCGGACUUCCACAGUUCGGGCGCCUCGGGCCAUGCCGUGCCUGCCCCAUGCUUGCCGCUGGACCAGAGCCCUAACCGAGCCGCCUCCUUCCACGGCCUGCCCGCCUCCGGUGGCUCCGAUUCCCACAGUCUGGAGCCCCGGAGGGUGGCGAACCAAGGAGCCGUCGACUCGCUGGAAUACAAUUACCCGGGCGAGCCGCCCUCGGGACAUUUCGACAUGUUUUCUCCCUCUGAUUCCGAGGGGCAGCUGCCUCAUUAUGCAGCGGGUCGUCAGGUUCCCGGGGGCUCUUUCCCGGGUGCCUCGGCCAUGCCCAGGGCUGCAGGCAUGGUGGGCUUGUCGAAAAUGCACGCGCAACAACAGCAACAGCAACAGCAGCAGCAGCAGCAGCAGCAGCAGCAGCACGGCGUGUUCUUCGAGAGGUUCGGCGGGACUCGCAAGAUGCCCGUGGGGCUGGAGCCUGGAGUCGGCUCCAGGCACCCGUUGAUGCAGCCUCCCCAGCAGGCCCCGCCGCCCCCGCAGCAGCCGCCCCCGCAGCAGGCCCCGCCGCCUCCGCAGCAGCCGCCCCCGCAGCAGCCGCCGCCGCCACCGCCUGGGCUUCUGGUCCGACAAAAUUCGUGUCCGCCCGCGCUCCCGCGUCCCCAGCAGGGCGAGGCGGGCACGCCCAGCAGCGGCCUGCAGGACGGGGGGCCCAUGCUGCCCAACCAACACGCGCAGUUCGAGUACCCCAUCCACCGGCUGGAGAACCGGAGCAUGCACCCUUAUUCCGAGCCUGUAUUCAACAUGCAGCAGGCGCCCAACCAGCGGCUGCAGCAUUUCGACGCACCCCCCUACAUGAACGUGGCCAAGAGGCCGCGUUUUGACUUCCCGGCCAGCGCGGGAGUGGAUCGCUGCGCUUCGUGGAACGGCAGCAUGCACAAUGGGGCUCUGGACAACCACCUCUCGCCCUCUGCCUAUUCCGGCCUGCCCGGCGAGUUCACGCCGCCUGUGCCCGACAGCUUCCCCUCAGGGCCACCUCUGCAGCAUCCGGCCCCGGACCACCCGUCUCUACAGCAGCAGCAGCAGCAGCAGCAGCAACGCCAAAACGCGGCCCUCAUGAUCAAGCAGAUGGCGUCGCGGAAUCAGCAGCAGCGGCUGCGCCAGCCCAACCUGGCCCAGCUAGGCCACCCCGGGGACGUGGGCCAGGGCGGCCUGGUGCACAGCGGCCCAGUGGGCGGCUUGGCCCAGCCGAACUUUGAGCGCGACAGCGGCGGCGCGGGCGCCGGGCGCCUGGGCACGUUCGAGCCGCAGGCGCAGCACUUGGCGCAGGAGAGCGCGUGGUUCCCAGGUCCGCAUCCGCCGCCGGGUGACCUGCUGCCCCGCAGGAUGGGAGGUUCAGGCUUGCCCUCCGACUGCGGCCCGCACGACCCAGGACUGGCGCCGCCCCCUCCGCCCGGUGGCUCGGGGGUGCUGUUUAGGAGCUCUCUGCAGGAGCCGCUAAGGAUGCCUGGAGAGGGCCACGUGCCCGGUCUGCCCUCCCCUGGCCUGCAGUUCGGGGGCAGCCUGGCCAGCCUGGGCCAGCUGCAGUCGCCCGGGGCUGGGGUCGGGCUGCCCAGCGCUCCCUCCGAGCGCCGGCCCCAGCCACCUGAUUUCACGGCGCCCGCGCUCGGGGGGCAGCCUGGCUUCCCGUUCGGCGCAGCGAACCGGCAGGCCACGCCGCACAGCGGCCCAGGCGUGAACUCGCCCCCGAGCACGGGCGGGGGCGGCGGCAGCACGGGAGGUGGCGGCGGCGGCGGCGGCGGCGGGAGCGCAUACCCGCCGCAGCCUGACUUUCAGCCCAGCCAGCGCACCUCGGCCAGUAAGCUGGGCGCGCUCUCGCUGGGCUCCUUCAACAAGCCCAGCUCCAAGGACAACCUGUUCGGCCAGAGUUGCCUGGCUGCGCUCUCCACCGCCUGCCAGAACAUGAUCGCCAGCCUCGGGGCCCCCAACCUCAACGUGACCUUCAACAAGAAGAACCCGCCCGAGGGCAAGAGGAAACUGAGCCAGAAUGAGACCGACGGCGCGGCCGUGGCCGGCAACCCGGGCUCGGAUUACUUCCCAGGAGGGACUGCUCCUGGGGCUCCAGGGCCCGGAGGCCCGUCGGGGACCAGUAGCAGCGGCUCUAAAGCCUCUGGGCCGCCCAAUCCGCCCGCCCAGGGGGACGGCACUAGCCUCUCCCCCAACUACACCCUGGAAUCGACGUCGGGGAACGACGGCAAGCCGGUCCCCGGGGGCGGCGGCCGGGGACGGGGGCGCAGAAAAAGGGACAGUGGUCACGUGAGCCCCGGGACCUUCUUCGACAAGUACUCGGCGGCGGCGGCGCCGGACAGCGGGGGCGCGUCUGGUGUGAGCCCAGGGCAGCAGCAGGCGCCCGGCGCAGCCGUCGGGGGAAACUCGGGAGAGGCGCGCGGGGCGCCUACGCCUCACGAGAAAGCGCUCACGUCGCCGUCGUGGGGGAAGGGGGCCGAACUGCUCCUGGGGGACCAGCCAGACCUCAUGGCGUCCCUGGACGGCGGGGCCAAGUCGGACGGUAGUUCCCCGCACGUGGGCGAGUUCGCCUCAGACGAGGUGAGCACUAGUUACGCCAACGAGGACGAGGUGUCUUCCAGCUCCGACAACCCCCCAGCCCUGGCCAAAGCGAGUAGGAGCCCUCUGGUGACAGGCUCGCCCAAACUCCCUCCCCGUGGGGUGGGCGCCGGGGAGCACGGACCGAAGGCACCCCCGCCCCCGCUUGGCCUGGGCAUCUUGUCUACCUCUACCUCGACCCCUGACAGCUAUGGCGGAGGGGGCACGGGCCAUCCCGGCACGCCGGGCCUGGAGCAGGUUCGGACCCCGACGAGCAGCGGCGGUGCCCCGCCACCUGACGAGAUCCACCCCCUGGAGAUCCUCCAGGCACAGAUCCAGCUGCAGAGGCAGCAGUUCAGCAUCUCUGAGGACCAGCCCCUGGGGCUCAAGGGUGGCAAGAAGGGUGAGUGUGCCGUCGGGGCCUCUGGCGCGCAGAAUGGCGACAGCGAGCUGGGCAGCUGCUGCUCCGAGGCGGUCAAGAGCGCCAUGAGCACCAUUGAUCUGGACUCGCUGAUGGCGGAGCACAGCGCCACCUGGUACAUGCCGGCGGACAAGUCUUUGGGGGACGGCACAGACGAGGACAAGACGCUGGCGCCCUGGGAGAAGGCCAGACCCCAGAAUCCCAGCAGCAAAGAAGCCCACGACCUUCCUGCGAACAAGGCCUCGGCACCCCAGCCCGGCAGCCACUUGCAGUGCCUGUCUGUCCACUGCACAGACGAUGUGGGUGAUGCCAAGGCCCGAGCCUCUGUGCCCACCUGGCGGUCCCUGCACUCCGACAUUUCCAACAGAUUCGGGACAUUCGUGGCCGCCCUGACUUGA